UACUAUUUUAUUUAUAAAAAAGUCAAGGCUAGAGAGGUCGCACUAGAAUAUAUCCUUAUAUAUAAGAUAGUAGCAGAUAGGUUAACUAAGCCCUUAAAGAAAGACCGGUUCUUAAAAUUCUAUAAAGCCUUAAGUUUAAGGAGGAUUACUAAUAUAGAAGAUGCUAGCUAG